ACAUUGAUUACUGAAGAAUCUCUUUUCAUCUCCCAAAUGGUUUCUCUUCAAACUCCCUGACACUGUCUCCGGCGACGGCGACUGUUUGAGGGUAUUUUUCCCUUUCAUGUUCCGAUGUGUGCCCUCCAAUUCCCUUAGUUCCGACCUUUACAAUUUCUGCAUAUUUGUCUGAAUUAAUUGGCCACCUUUUUCUCUUUCAUCCAUGGAUAUCUCAGAUGAACCUGUCACCCCAGCAAGUUUUAAGGAUGAAAAAGAAUUCUUGAAGAAUGACUCUGCAAUUGGCAACAAUGCUUAUAAGGAUGUGACAAAGGAUAAAACCUCUGAUCUUCAACCUGUGCCAUCUUACUCUUCUGGUGUAGGUUUGCCAUAUGCACCUGAAGGGUGGCCUAAUGCUGGUGAUGUAUGGGGUUGGAAAGUGAAGGCAAGGUGUUCCAAGGGUGGAUUUUUUACGGACAGAUUCCUUAUCCCUCCAGCAUCUCUUCAAAAGGGUUCUCGCAGGCUAGAGUUUUCAAGCAAGGCUGCUGUUGGUAGAUAUCUUCAAUCAAAUUUUCCUAAUAUGAAAACUGAAGCAUUCUUUGCUUUGUUUACCUGGGCGAUUCCCUCAGCUGAACAAACCCCCACAAAAGGCCUUCUAACCUUACAAUCACUGGAGACAGUACAACAUGAUUAUACUGGCACCCUGAGAAAGUCAAAACGGAAAAUGGAAAGCAGCGUUGGCCUGACUAAAAGUAGUAGUGGCCUGACUAAAAGUAGUGGUCGGCCGACUAAAAAACUGUCCGCCCUAGUUCCUGUUGGCUCCCUUAUAACACCACUACAAGUUGAAAAUUUCGAUAUUUAUCUUGAUAACUUAGAGGACAUGCUUGACAUACCUCUUACUGAAACGACGUCAUCGGGUCACCUUACUAAUGCAGAUAUUGAAUUUAUAGAGUCUUGCAAGAAGAAGCUCUCUUCCCUUCUUGCUCUAGAUUUCCCUUCAUUGGUCUCAAGCAAUGAUGUUGCAGAAGUUGCAACACUUGCAUUGCAAAUUCGUGAAGAUCCCAAUCUCACCGUUGAUCAACUCUUCAAGUUAAAAUUGGUGGAACAAGUUCCCUUAGCUGGGGAGGCCUUCCUUGAGGCCAAGGGAAGCAUUGAAGAGGUAGACAAACUCAUGGCUGAGCUAAUGACAAAGAAACUCAAAAUUCCCAGUCUCAAAAAAAAGUACAACGAUUUGAAGGAAAAGCUCUCGUCGAGAGAGGCUGAAAUGGACAUAAGUGCUUUAUCUAUAACAGAAAUUGAUGAUCAAAUUCGACAACUUGAAGCAAAACGAAACAGGAUAUCUAGUGUCCUUGAAACCAUGGAGAAGGAUAAACAUAAGAUCAGUUCUGAGCUAUCAAACAUUACCAACUCGAUUUCAAGCCUGGUUCAUGAGAUUCAGUGUGGAAUAUCCCAGAAAUCAAAAUGGGAUCUGAAGAAAGCCAACAAUGUCCGACUUGUAGCUGAGAUACAAGAAAAGUUCCUGACUUUAAGAGGGUUAACGUUUUAGUCAAACACCUGUGGAGUUUUUUUAUUGUAUUAAGAACUCUUUAGCAUGAUAACCAUCUAUGCAUGUAAUGUAUUUAUAACUAAUGGGUCUGCAUCUUUCUCAUAGGUGGUAACUUGUGUAGUCAAAGUUAAAACUGCAGACAUGUUUUGCU